CAAAGUUCAAAAUAUAUCUUGAUUUUCUCUUUUAAUACAAAAUAAUAAUAAAAAAUGUCAUUGCGAAUUCAAUUAAUUUUAAUCUUAACAUUCUUUACAACACAUGGAUUAACAUAUACACUUGAAAAGCGUGAAAUUAUCCAUCAGGAAGAACUUCCGGGCCAGUCACUUCAAUCUCUAUUCGGUCCAAUAUUAGUCAUAUGCUUAUUAACAUUUGAUAUUGCUAGAUCAUCAACUUCGACAAAUUAUGUACUUGAUCAUGAAGAUGAACAAUCAACUGUCGCAAUUCAAUUACCAAUUACAAACACCACCAAAUCAAUAAAUCGAAUAAAUCAACCGCCAGAUGAGUUCAAUUCAAUCAUAACAAUUCAUAACCAAAACGAAUUACCACAUACUAGAUCAAUCAGAAAAAUUCAAGUUCCAACAAUAUCGCAUACCAACUCAACCAGAUUGAUUCAAAAUCAAACUUCAAAUAACAAUUCAACUGGAAAAAUGCUAACUCAAAAACUGACGUUAAUAAAUAAACCAAUUCGAGAAUCAUCAUUACGUGCAAAUACAGUAAGAAUGAAUCCAAAAAUGAAACCAUCCCAAUUACCAGCGCUUUAUUCUUACAUAUGAUGCAUGUAAUUAGUCAAUCUUGUGCGCGGAUCCCGUAUUGUUUACAGUAUUCUUAAAUAACUACAGUUUCUUUUUUUUUUUUUAAUUCUAUUGUUCAUUAUCGGUUUUCUUGAAGAAAAUGAUAAUGUUAAAAUAUUGUUUUAAUUUCGGUGGGAAUGUGGGUUAUGAUCGAACAAAUCUUUUAAUGUAUACCGGUUGUUAUCAGUUGGGGUUAUUUAUAUCUGAAAAAAAAAACCACAUUAGCAGGCUGAUGCGCUGGUGUUAUGUUACUGUACAAUACUAAUUAUAGUAAUCAAAAGUAAAUAAUUCCAUUUUAUUUUCUAUAUAUUAAUAUAAUAUAAUAAAUAGCAUUACUGCAUUAAUCUAAAUCAACUCAAUUUUACUU